AUGUAUGCUGAAUUGGUGGAGCCGGCAUUCAUUGAGACGGACUCUUACCUCAUGUUCAGGCUAGCCCAGGAGAAGAAAGACAUUGAUGUCGCUUUCAGAUAUGUGGAUUGGCUAGACAAGGAGUAUGGCCUAUUUGAAGCGAAGACCUCGGAGUUGGAACGGAUUAUGACCUUUGUCAUGAAAAGGCAAAGCGUGCUUAUUUCCAUUGACGUUGAAGCUUCCGAGAGAAACGGAAAGGAGAUCACAGAGAUUGGCAUUUCGCUAUAUAACCCUGAGAAUCAGCAGGGGAGCUUGGUACCUUUCAUACAGCUGGCUCACAUCAUCAUCUUGGAAAACCAGCAUAUGAGGAAUAAGAAGUUUAUGCCUGACCAUGUAGACUUCUUCAAUGGCGGCGAGAGUUUGAUCAUGUCAAAGAAAGACGCCAAGGAGGCCAUCAGUCUCGUUUUUAACGACUACCCAAACCCUUGCUUAGUGGGGCACGAUGUCAGUGGAGAUAUCAAGUGGCUCAAAGAUAUGGGUGUAUUUCUACCUUACUAUACGAUCGAUACCCAGGUGUUGCUUGCAAUUACCCACGGUAAGAGAGGUGCUAGUUUAAAGAACGGGUUGAGAAUUCUACGCCAGCCAUUUGCCUUCUUACAUAAUGCUGGAAACGAUGCUUACUAUACUAUGUUACUUUGCUUAUGCUUGUGUGAUUCAUUUUAUCGUGUUGCAUCACAGGUUGAUUCUGAAGAAACUAUGCACAACUUUGCAACCCAACCAUCGACGAAGAAUGAACCGCCAAAUAAGAGCAAAAAAUCCAGAAGCGACCCCUCGGGAAUCUUUAAAUUCUUGAAGCGCUGGGAAUUGCCAUAA